CGGCAAAUCGGCAGUUGUGUUUACGUCACGGCCGCGUCACCAAAUUUUCGUCCCCGUCGUGGUCGCCGUCGUCGUCGUAGACCAGUCUCCAAACGUGUCUCCGCGUGUUGUCGCUCCGCCAUCAUCACAAACGAAACAAAAGCCAAACGCCAAGAUGGAGAUCGUCGCCGAGCUGAUCAGCAACAAGCUGGCGCUGCUGGUGGUGCCCGUCGUCGUGGUACUGUUUGCACUUGUCUUCGCUUUUGGGUUCCGAAGUGCUGCGCAGCCCAAGUUUGAAAAGGUAGCCGCGUCUGCAUCCGCUACCGCUGAUGAUAAGAAAAACUCCAAGAAGAAGAAGAUUAAAGAGAAGAAAACCACUUCCAAUGGACAAGUGGUGACUGAAAAGGUGACUCCAGUCAAGGAGAAGAAGUCGCCGGUGAAGGAAAAGGAGGCCGCCUCGCAGCAGACGCCCAAGAAGCAGGAGAACAACAAGCAGGCCGAGAAGAACAAGAAGAACGAAGCACUCAAGAAGAAAGAGACUAUCGAAGAGAUCAAGAACAAGCGCAACAAGAAGACCGCCAACGAAAAACCAUUGGAUUACGAUGAUGGUGAAUGGGAAACUGUUCCAACCAAAGCUGAUAAGAAGAAGAAACUCGAGAGUCCCGCUAAGAAAGAUAAGAAGAAGAAGCCCGAGGAAAAGAAAACCGUAGAGAUUGACAAGCUUGCCAAAGAAGUCGUGAAUAAGGAACUGCGUGAGAAAAACAAGAAAGAGAAGGAGGAGGUUACUACAAAGGUCGUUGUUGAGAAAGUUGAAAAGGUCGAGGAAGUUAAAGUAGAGGAACCAGCACCGGUUGUUGAGGAGAAGAAGGAAACCAAGCCGAAGAAAGAGAAGAAACCGAAGAAGGAGGAGGAAAAGAAACUCCAAGCACCAGUUGAGGUGGUGCAGAAGGUGGCUGAGCCUGUUAAGGAACCAGCUGCGCCUGCUCCAGCAAAGGCUGAGAAUGCUGCUGUGUUUGACGAACUUGGUGAUACGUGGACGGAGCCAAAGGCAAAGAAGAGCAAGAAGAAAGCGCGUCGCGACAAUUAGUUCACAUCUUACACGCGCUAUCAACAAUUUACAAUUGCUACGUGACGGUGUCACAAUUACCCGACAGGUUGUGUUUGUUUGCCUGCAAACAAAAGCAAUGCAAAUCGGUGGGUAACUAAACAACCAACGGACGAAAACAAACAAACAGUUGAACUUGCAUUCCACAAAGUAAAAAGAGUAAAAAGUAAUAUAUUAAAUAGUGUAAACAUGUGAAACAUAGGAAAAUUGUAAAAAAAAGAAACAGUACACCACUACGAAACACGCGCAGAAAUAACACCACGCGGUAAAUAUCGUUGUGCCAAUUGAUUCAUUUUGUACUCUAAACAUAUUUUAAUAUUUUAAAUUUAGUUUCAACGUUUUAAUGUAAAAAAAAAAGCGAAAGAACGGCAGCCUGGUGUGGUAAUCUCAUACUAAUCAAAACGAAACACAAUGUUAGGGCGAGAACAAUGGCCUUAAUCGAUGAUUUCUUUCAUGUUUGCCACGAAACAAACGAUAAACGAUAAGAUAAACGGAUAAUAAUAAGCAUAGGUAUUAAGAGAACACUAUUUUGCGACGAUACAUUUAUGUAAAUGGAAUUAAUUGAUUUCUCUAUCAACACAACACACACACAGAUACACACAUUCAUACCGAAAAACGAUGACGUGCGCGAGACUGAUGCUUGUGUUUAGGUUUAAACGUCUUCCAGCAACUAGAAAUCAUCAUCAGACAUCAAGUCAUGUAAAUAUUAACACGCCGACGAGAGCGAGCAUCAACACAUGUGUACUACGGCUAAAUAUUGUGUUUUAAUUAUCAUGUUUGCAUUUAUUAUUUGUGUGUGUUUUUGCACAUUCUUGCUUCUUUUUUUUUUUAUUUACACUUUUGUUGUUGUUUUGAGUGUGCGUUUAUAGUUUUUAUAUGAAAUUGUAUGAAUGGAUAGGCGAUCUCUAUCUUGUAGCUUCCUGAAUGUGACUGAUUGUUUUCGAUUUUCCAUACUUGUAGCUGUACUAAUGCAUACAAGAAAACACUCACGAGAUGAAAUAUGAACAUAAAAGCUAAAUCAUAUUUUUUAACUGUACAUAAGAUAGUGAAUUAUAUAUAAUAUACGAUAUAUCGGGGGUUAAUCAUAUGUAAGAUUUAAGAGUGUAAGCACAACGAUGCGAAAACUUAAAUUAUUCAUUACGGUGGUGUAUAGCAGGAGUAUGAUUAGUCUACAUGUCGUAGACAGUACCAACUGAAAGAAUACUUCAAUACCUAAUCGAUAUAACGUGAACGAGGGAACUUUAAUAAAAUAAAUAUAAUUUGAACAUAAAAAUUCAAAAUAAAGGUCUGUGGAUUGUUAUACAUAAA